GUGGUCUUCUUGUGGUCAUAUAAAUUCGGUGAAAUUCAUCCGACCGAUCGGUGGUCAACCCUCCCUCCUCACACAGCUAUCUCAUUGGCGGGUGAGGCCCAACGCGGUGUUAUUCCCCCACAGUGACAUCUACAGCACCUCCGUCGCUCUGUCCACCACCCGAUUUUUUUCCCCUCCUCUCACUCCUUCUUAAUCACCCCACCUGUCCAUUUUCCUUCUUGUUCUGGGCUUGGUGUAUUUAUCUCCUGUAACUCAUUGCAUACAGCGAAAUUCUUCUUGGUUGAUCGGUUCUCAAGACGACCGUCGAUCUGUACAGCUUCUUUCCGCCUGAUCACUGCACCGUCCCGCCACACCGAACGUCCUAUCCUACCAGCCGCGGUAGUCUCCUUCCCCCCCCCCGAUCCGGUGCAUGGGUGACGCCGGUUUCGAUCGCCGAUCAUAAAUAAUGCCGACGGAAUGUGAGAGGAUCUUGGGUGAAGGCCUUCGUCGGCUUCCGGCCCGGCAUGAUUUCCGCUACGGGCCUCAGGCGGAGAAGGACUUGCUUGAGCUUCUGUUCCGCUCCCUCAGCGGCCACAGCGACGAUCGCCUUCGUCUACUAUUUCCCGAAGGUCCGCCGACCGGUCCCUGGAAGUUGGCCGAGGCUCAGGGCGCCAAGGAAGGGGCCGAGUACACCGAGGCGGCGCGGGGUAAACGCUGUGGCCAUAUCUUCCGCGCCGGCGAGGCCACCUACCGAUGCGUCACUUGUGCGGCCGACGAUACCUGUGUUCUCUGCAGUCGCUGCUUCGACGCCUCCGACCACACGGGUCACCAGUAUCAGAUCUCCCUCUCGUCCGGGAACUGUGGCUGCUGCGACUGUGGCGACGACGAGGCCUGGCGACUGCCCCUCUUCUGCGCCAUCCAUACCGACAGUGGCGAUCAGAAGGGGAAGCAGCGCGCCCAGGCCCCGCUGCCCCGGGACUGGGUCGACUCCAUCCGCAUGACCAUUGCCCGCGUGCUCGACUACUUCUGCGACGUCAUCUCCUGCUCCCCGGAGCAGCUGCGUCUCCCCAAGACCGAGGAGGGCAUCCGACUGGACGAGGAGGCCUCGCGCCUGAGUUCCGACUGGUACGGCGAGGCCGAGCAGGAGGAGGAGGAGCCCGAGUUCGCCCUCGUACUGUGGAACGACGAGAAGCACACCAUCCGGGAUGUCGCCAACCAGGUCACCCGCGCCUGUCGGGAGCGGGACCGCUUCGGCAACGACCGCGCCCACGAGACCAACGAUAUCGGCCGGAGCGUGAUCCGCUACUCCAAGGACCUGCCGCGCUUGCUGGAGAUCUCCCGCGUCAUCGAACACAUCAAGGUCACCCUGACCAUCCGCUCGGCCCGCGACACCUUCCGCGAGCAGAUGUGCGGCACCAUCGUCGAGUGGCUGGCCGACAUCGCCGGCUGCAGUGUGCUGGAGGACAACGAGAUCCUGCGCCACACCAUCUGUGAGGAGCUGCUGGGCCCGUGGUAUACCGGUAGCCCCGCCUCCAAUGCCAACAUCGGUCUCAAGGGCAUCGACGACCACCAGCGGUCGGAGGAUCCACCCAUCCGGACGGUCAUGCUCACCGUCUCGCCGCAGGGCCAAUUCAUCCUGGCCACCAACGACGACGAGGACGAGGACGACGACGAGGACGAAGAAGAGAUCGACAAUGCUAAUGACCCGACCAUCCACGAGGAGGAGGUGGACGACGAAGAUCUGAUGGGGGCCCACGACGAUGAUGCGGAUGACGAAGACGAUAUGGAGAUCGACCUCAACCGGCUGCGGGAGGAGGUGGAGGCGGGGGAGGACGAAGACGAGGAUAUGAUCAUGGGGAACACCCACGACGCCGUCAGCAUCGCCGAGACGCUCAUCGGAUAUGCCCGUGCACGGGCCGCGGACCGCGCAUCGCCGCCAGCGCAGGGCCAGCCGGAGGGCCAGGCGCUGCCGCCGCCGCCUCCGGCCCCGCCGCAGGAACACCCCGAGCAGCAGCAGCAGCAGCCGCAGCAGCCACCACCACCCCCGCCGUCGCACGCGCUGGGGGGCGUCCCCGAGACCCGCGACGCGAACCAGCGACCGACCUCGUACAUCGCCAUCCCCGAGACCCCGUCGGGAGCCAUCCGCCCGCCCCCCGGCGCGGCGCCGGCGUACUGGGAGGUUCUGCCCUCGGCCCCCAAGCCCGGGGAGAAUGUCCCCGCCUACGAGAACCUGUGGGAACGUACGCGCCUCGACUGGAUGGUGCUCUUUGAUCUGCGGCUGUGGAAGAAGACCCGCACUGACCUGCGCGAUCUUUACAUCGGGACCGUGGUCAACGUGCCGCAGUUCAAGCGCGUCAUGGGCCUGCGGCUGUCUGCCCUCUACACGGCAUUGGCCCAGCUCUACCUGAUCGCCGACCGGGAGCCCGAUCACUCGAUCGUCAACCUGUCGCUGCAGCUGCUCACCACCCCGUCCAUCACCGAGGAGAUCGUGGUGCGCGGCAACUUCCUGACCAACGUCAUGGCCAUCCUCUACACCUUCCUGACGACGCGGCAGGUCGGCGAGCCAUCCCAGGUGAACCCGAAUGCCACGCUGGCGUUCGAGGCCGGAUCGGUCAACAACCGCCGCCUCUACCACUUCUUCCUCGACCUGCGGUACCUGCUGCAGUCCGAGUACGUGCAGACCCGCGUGCGCACCGAGGACCAGUACCUGUCGCAGUUCCUGGAUCUGGUCAAGCUGUCGCAGGGUAUCUGCCCCAAUGUGCGGGCCGUCGGCGAGCACGUCGAAUACGAGGCGGACGCGUGGAUCAGCGCCUCGAUCCUGAUGCGGGAGAUCAACCGGCUGUGCCGCCAAUUCUGCGAGGCGUUCCGCAACCCGGAGCGGGACGGUGGGGAUCACCUGCUGCGCGCCAUCCGGAAGGCCACGGUGGCUGCCGUUGUCCACUCGUCCGGCAUCGAGCGCAAGCGAUUCGAGCAGGCGGAGAUCAAAGAAUACGUGCGCUUCAAGUCGCUGCCUUGCUUCGACUUCGAGGUCGACCAGUCCGGUCAGCUCCCCCGCCACCGUGUCGUAGACUUUGUCGUUGAGCGGGGAUCCAUCAGCUUCCACCACGCGCUGCACUACACGCUGUCGUGGCUCCUCGAGUGCGGCUGCAAUGUGAGCAGCGCCCUGAUGCGGGAUGUCUUGCUGGAGGCGGCGCAGAUCGCCAACGACCGGUACCUCCGCGACGCCACGCUCAGCCCCGAGGAUCUGCUGCUGUCCAUGUUUGACUACCCGCUCCGCGUGUGCGCCUGGCUCGCCCAGAUGAAGGCCGGCAUGUGGGUGCGCAACGGCCUGAGUCUGCGCCACCAGAUGCUGCAGUACCGGGGUGUGUCCUCCCGCGACUUCGCCUACUACCGCGACAUCUUCCUGCUUCAGACCGCGCUGGUGACGUGCGACCCCAGCCGCGUCCUCGCGUCCAUCGCCGAGCGCUUCGGCAUGGUGGAUUGGAUGACCCGCAACUACACGCCGCGACCGGGCGGCGAGGAGAGCCAGAUCAUUGACGUCGCGGAGGAGUUUGUCCACUUGCUGGUCAUUCUGCUGACGGACCGCAACUCGCUCACGGCCAUCGACGACAGCGACGGCAUGACCCGCGAGAACAUCCGCCGGGAUGUCGCCCACGUCCUGUGCUUCAAGCCGCUGUCCUUCUCCGACCUGUCGACGCGGCUCAGCGACCGGCUGCUAGACGCCGACCAGUUCCAAGACGUGCUGGAGGAGGUCGCCAACUUCCGCGCGCCUGAGGGGCUCAACGACACGGGUACUUUUGAGCUGAAGCCGGAGUAUCUCGCCCUGAUCGACCCGUACAGCGCCCACUACACCAAGAACCAGCGCGACGAGGCGGAGAACAUCUACAAGGAGUGGGUGGCCAAGUCGACGGGCAAGAAAGCGUCCGACAUCGUCUUUGAGCCUAAGCUCCGCCCGGUCACCACGGGUGCUUUUGCGGACCUACCCCGGUUUACCGAGACGGCCCUGUUCGCCCAGAUCGUCCACCAGUGCCUCGACUACGUGAUGUCGUCUAAAGAGCGCACCCCGAGCAUCCCGCCGACCCGGGUGGAGACCUUCCUGCAGGUCAUAUUGCAUCUGGUCCUGGCCGCGUCGCUCGAAGAUCACUCCGACGAGGAUGUGGUGUCGGACGUGGGACAAGGGUCGUUCGUCUCGCAGGCGCUGACCAAGGCGCGCGCCACCCAGGCCGGGAACCUGACGAUUGUCGGCCUGCUGGAGAAGAUCUCCGUGAUGACCGAAUUCGCGGCCUGUGGCCCCAAGAUCCGGCAUAUCCUCAAGAAGCUCUGGCAGAAGCGCCCCCGGACGUACACCUCGGCCACGGCCUCCCUGCAGUUCCCCUUCGACCGGGUCGACACGAACUCCCCGGCCGUCGACCCCGACAACGAGAAGGAGAAGAAGAAGAAGGCGGCCCUGGAGCGGCAGGCGCGCGUGAUGGCCCAGUUCCAGCAGCAGCAGCAGAACUUCUUGAACAGCCAGGGCGCCAUCGACUGGGGGGAGGAGGAAGACGACGACGACGAUUUCAGCGAUCUCGAGGACGCGGAAGCCGAGGUCACGCCCGAGACGAAGCUCUGGAAGUACCCCAGCGGCACCUGCAUCCUCUGCCAAGAGGAGACUAGCGACUCGAGGCUGUUCGGCACGUUUGCGUUGAUCCAAGACAGCAACAUUUUCCGGCAGACCGACAUCCGCGACCCCGACUGGGUCCAGGAGGCGCUGCACACGCCGGCCAAUUUGGACCGAUCGGCCGAGAGCAUCCGUCCGUUUGGCGUCGCGGGCGCGAACCAUACCACUGUUCGACGGCUCGACUCGACCGGUGGGGAGGUCAUCAGCGACAAGGUCGGACUCAGCAAGGGGUUCAACGCGAAGAACACCCAGCGGGGGCCCGUCACGACGGGCUGUGGGCACAUCAUGCAUUAUUCGUGCUUUGAGGUCUAUUACACAGCGACGCAUCGACGCCAUACCCAGCAGAUUGCCCGGAACCACCCCGAGAAUCUGAAGCUGAAUGAGUUCGUCUGUCCGCUGUGCAAGGCUCUAGGCAAUGCCUUCCUGCCCAUCACCUGGAAAGGCAAGGAGGAGUCGUACCCGGGUGCCCUGGCGACGAACGUGUCGUUUGACGAGUUCAUGAGCGAUCAGGUGCCGGGUGCACUGGCCCAGCCGCGCCAUCAUCUGUUGAUCCACAACAAACCGGCCGCGUCGGCGUCGUACCAGGAUCUCUUUGCCGAGUACCUGUCUCGCGCGCUGGUGCCCCCGCUGGCCACCAAGGUCGACCAGCUGAUGACGUCGUCCCUUCCGUCGUCGACCGCAUCGGCGACGUCGCACUUCCUGCCGACGGCGCGGAUGCCGAUGCCAGGGAUCUUCCCGCAGGCGGCGCAGCCGGAGGAGGUGCCCGUCGUGACUAGCCCGCAGCAGGGGCCCAGCGAGAGCCCGAUGUCGGAACUCCUCGAGAUCUACAACCGACUGAAGCGGACGCUGCGACUGAAUCACGUCCACUCAACGUUCAGCCACCCGCCCGAGACGAUCAACAGCGACGACCUCGUGCACACAGACUCGCUAUUCCAGAGCUUUGGGUGCAGCAUCGCGGCGGCGGAAAUCCAACAGCGGGGCGUGGAGUCAGCGCCGGGAAGCACGCUGCUCAACAAGAUUCCGCAGCUAACCCUGACGCACCUGCGCGUGCUAGCCGAAUCGGCUUUGACGUACGCAGCGGUCGGGUGUCUGCACGGCACGCGGGACCCGCACAGCCGCCCGGCGCAGGAGUUCCAGGAGAUGCACCGGCAGCGGCUCUGCCAGCUGUUCGUGGGGCAUCCGAGCCUGAGCCGGUCGGCACUCCUCGACGACGUGCGCGAUAUCGAGCCGCUGCUGGGCAAGGACAUCUUCGUGUUCUUGGCGGAAUGCUCACUGUCGCUGUUGCCGGUGCUGCCGAUGGAUAUUCGCCAUCUGAUCCACUUGUGCUACGUUGCGGAGAUCGUCAAGGUAGCCGUGACGUACGUGCUGUGGCCGCUGGGGCUGCGCGAGGAGCUGGCGCGCCACGGCGGCGAGGCGGCUCACGCGGCGGAGCUGGACCAGACCGACCCGCGGUACGAGCACACCCGCGGCUUCUUCAGCACGAUUGUUGCAGAGCUCAAGUCGAACUCGGUGGGCCGGGCCGAGGGGUCGUCGUUCCCGGCAGAGAGCGGCUACGUCAAGGACGGCGUGGAGUCCGCAACGCCGGGGGUGCUGGUAGCGAUGCGGCAGCUGCUAUCACGCUACGCGCUAAGCUUCCUACGCAAGACAGUGAUCCUGCUGCAUGUGCAGCACGGGGUGGAGUUCCCGCACACGGGGUUCGCGGACCUGGAAGCCUCGGAGCUAGAACGACUCAGCCAGGCACUGCAGCUACCCUCACUAGACGAGAUCCUCGCGUCGGUAGGACCGGCGCGCUCGACAGAGCGAGCCUUCGACGGGGUGGUGUCGGGAUGGAUCUUCCACUGGAACGCGUCGCGGUCUGGAGUGCGGAUCGGCGACCACAAGCUGUGGCCUAGCCUGGGCCACCCGGCACUGUUCGAGCUGGUGGGACUGCCCAAGUACUACGACAGCCUGAUCGAAGAGGCGAACCGCCGCCGUUGCCCGAACACGAAGAAGGAGCUGACGGACCCGAGCAUCUGCCUGUUCUGCGGGGAGAUCUUCUGCUCGCAGGCGGUUUGCUGCAUGCAGAACCGGCAGGGGGGGUGUAACCAGCAUUUGCAGCGAUGCGGCAAAAACGUCGGCCUAUUCAUCAACAUCCGCAAAUGCACAGUCCUCUACCUCCACCGCCGCAACGGAUCAUGGCACUACGCACCGUACCUCGACCGCCACGGCGAGGUCGACCCAGGCCUCCGACGCAACCGCCAGCUGAUCCUGAACCAGAAGCGGUACGACCGACUGCUGCGCGACGUGUGGCUAUCGCACGGGAUCCCAGCGACGAUCAGCCGGAAGCUGGAGGCGGACAUCAACAACGGGGGGUGGGAGACGAUAUAAGGCAUUCCACUAUUGUUGUGUUGUUUGUUUGGGGGGGGGUAAAAAGCAUGGUUGUUUAUACUGGUAUUGUUUGCACAUGAUGGAUAGACUGGUUUGGAUGGUGUAUGGAAUGAAUGCAUGCGGUGUGAUAUCCUGGAUACUGGGUAUCGGUAUCUAGAUGUUGUUGAAUGGAUCGUGGACUGACUGUACUUAGUGGAGAUGAAAUGGUAUAUACGCACCACGCUAUCCUGGAACUGAUCUUUGUUGUCAUUUGUCUUGAUUGUU